AUGCGGCAGGUGCCCAUUCAACUUUGUCGAUCGCUGCGAACCUGUUCACAAGCGCCAAACCCUAGUCCUUCCACGCUUACAGCUACUUCAACUACCUUUCCAUCCACCAUUCCCCAACUUGAAGCUGGCCACCUCAGCUCUUCGCAGGAUAGAACCCAUGUGAGCCAGGUACACGGCUUCCUCCACGGCCAGGGAAUCUUGAAAGUAAACUUGAAGUUUGCAGACAACCAGUGCCACUAUCUGAGGCAAUUAAUCCAAAGCCUACACCAGCAUCAUGAUCACGGCCUACCAAUCAACCACAGCGCCUCUCGUGGAUGGUUCUGGGAUGUACGUCCGCUCCAGUCCACAAAUACCAGUACAGCCGCAGCAGAAAGCGAGACACCACAUCGCGCCCGCUCAGAGACAAUGAAGACAUUCCCCUGGCACACAGACUGCAGCUAUGAAACCUCCCCUCCGCGCUUCUUUGCCCUCCACGUCCUACACCCGGAUCAAUGCGGAGGUGGUACCUUGUCAGUCCUCGAAGUGGAUCGCCUUCUCAGUCGGCUAUCCAGUUCCAGCCAACUAGCACUCUCAGCACCUGAAUACCGCAUUCAGGUUCCUCCAGAGUUCAUCAAAAGCGACAAGCAACUCUCUAUCAUUGGGCCUAUACUGUCUACGCGGACGCGACCUGAAUUACGCUUCCGGGAGGACAUUUUCACACCGCUGACGGCUCGUGCAAAGACAGCCGUGGAAAACCUCAAUUCCCUUCUGCUGGGACCGCACAUCCAGACUGAAGUAGUACAUCUGAAUUCGGAGUUACUACCACAGCAUUCGAUUAUUUUGUUGGAUAAUCGUCGAUGGUUACAUGCGCGCAGUGACGUCAAAGACCCCAAUCGCCAUUUGCGUCGUGUACGGUGGGACGCACGCCCUUUCAACUGA